GUUUGAUUUGCACACGGCACUUCGGCGACCAUUACGGUGCAUUUCUCGACAGGUCUUGUCCACAACAAGCGGUACUCGGUGGAAUUCUGCACGUGAAGCAUGUCUAUAAAAGCAGUUUGUGUGCUGAGAGGGGCAACAACAGUGGAGGGAACAAUUCACUUCUCGCAGGCAGAUGCAGACGGCCCAGUGAAUGUAACAGGCUCCAUCAACGGCCUGACAGAGGGAUUACAUGGCUUCCAUGUCCACGAGUUUGGAGACGACACAAAUGGCUGCGUCAGUGCCGGGUCACACUUCAACCCUCACGGAAAGACACAUGGAGCGCCAGAAGAUGAAAAUAGACAUGCUGGUGACCUUGGCAACGUUGUUGCCAACGCUGCUGGAGUAGCAGACAUCAAGAUCGAUGACAAGAUCAUAAGUUUGACAGGCGUCAAAUCAAUCAUUGGCAGAACUAUAGUUGUCCACGCUGGAGUUGAUGACCUGGGUAAGGGAGGCAACGAGGAAAGUUUGAAGACAGGGAAUGCUGGCGGUCGACUGGCCUGCGGUGUGAUUGGUAUUGCCAAGUGACUAUAAGCUGCUAUUUGCUAAACUGUCACAUCCAACUGGAGCCAUCAGCACCACGUGGUGUCUUACCCCUAGCAUAGACUGGAAUAUGUUGUACUAAAUCAUGUAAGUUAUUACACAUGGGACUUAUAGUCGCACAAGUUCAGAUUUGUUACUGUUAAAAAAAUACAUGCUUAAUAUGAUUGUGACAUAGGUGUUAAUGUUUUGGAAAAUACUACAAACCAACAAUUUCCUAAAUCUAUUGGAGCUUUUUGUUUUGUUCAGGAUUAAAUAUUUGUGUUGUGAAAUGUUUAUAUGCUCUAGGUCGGACACCAUUAUUUUCAUUCCAAGACUGUAUGUAUGCAGAUUGAUUAUAUAUCCUUGAGCUAGUUAAAGGAGUUGCUGUUGACUGUAAAUCCAUGAUAUAAUUGAAUCUUGUGAAACGUUGCACAAUUUGUGGUGGGGUAAUCACUGUCUCUAAUCAAACAGAAUAAAUCCUACUGUUGUAUA